AUGUCGAGUGAUUGGUUGGUGGAUACAAGUGAAGAUGAUUACUCGAGUGACGAUACAGAUCUUCACAAUGCGGAAAACUAUUCCGAACAGACGAUCGAUUCGAUCCAGCGGUCGUUGCAGCGCUUCGACUGGCCGGAUUAUGUGGUGUUUGUAGUGAUGCUGAUGAUCUGCAUCGUGAUCGGAAUCUUCUUCGGAUAUAAAGACCACCGGAAGCACAAAAGCAAGCAGGCGCGCAGGGAUUCGGAGGCACUGGAUUACCUGGUCGGCGGCAGGAAGAUGCAGAUCUUUCCCGUGUCCGUGUCAUUGGUAGCGAGUUGGAUCUCCGGGAUCUCGCUCCUAGGAACUUCUACCGAGAUCUACGUAUAUGGGACGCAGUACUGCUACAUUGUAGUAGCGGUACUAUUGAUGGGCUUUGUGCUACAUUACAUAUUUCUUCCAGUUUUCCACGAUUUGCAGAUUACGUCGGCCUAUGAGUAUCUACAGCGUAGAUUCGAUCAUCGUAUGAGGCUAUUUGGAUCAAUUCUUUACACUGUUGCUUGUCUACUGUGGAUGCCAAUUGUUAUCUAUGUACCAGCUUUAGCAUUCAAUCAAGUGACCGGACUCAGCAUUCAUAUAGUAACACCGAUCGUAUGCAUCGUCUGCGUAUUUUACACCAGUAUAGGUGGACUUAAGGCAGUUGUUUGGACGGACGUCAUUCAAUCAGGUGUUACCUUGCUCGCCCUACUGGCUGUUUUGGUCAAAGGAACGUUUGAUGUUGGAGGACCGAGAGAAGUUCUCGAGCGAAACAUUGCAGGCGAUCGUCUCGAGGCACCGAACUUCGACCCCGACCCAACACUGCGUCACUCGUUCUGGAUUAUAUUGGUCGGUGCCCCGAUAUGGUUUUGCUACGGUGUAUCCUGUAGCCAGGACAUGAUCCAACGUUUCCUGGCUCUCCCAACGCUUCGGGAUGCUCGUAAGGCCCUGAAAGGUUUCAUCGUCGGUUGGAUUAUCGUAAACGUAUUAUUUUUCCUCAUUGGAAUGCUGGUGUACGCCACGUACUACCGGUGCGAUCCUCUCACGACCCAAUUGGCAAAAGCCAAGGAUCAACUGUUGCCUCUGUUUGUAAUGGAAACCUUCGCCGAUUAUCCCGGUAUGACGGGAGUUUUCGUGGCUGGAAUCUUCAGUGCUGCCCUCAGUUCGCUUUCGUCCGCGUUGAACGCCCUGUCGGCCAUCACACUCGAGGAUUUCUGCAAGCCGUACUGCAAGAAGCCAUUGACUGAGAAACAGAUCCAUUACAUCAUGCGAGGAUCAGUGCUGGUGUACGGUGCUCUAUCGGUGGUACUGUCCAUAGCGGUCGAACAUAUGGGCACGGUGAUGCAGCUUACGAUGACUCUGAGUUCAGCGUCCGGGGCUCCUCUGUUUGGACUGUUCGUAAUGGGUGUUCUAAUGCCGUGGGUAAACGGAACAGGUGCUUUGUACGGCGGCUCGACAGGACUCCUCGUGAUGCUGUACAUGUGCUACAAGGCACAAUAUUCUAUUGCUACAGGUAGUAGAACAUUCGAUACGAAACCAACGUCGGUGGAAGACUGCCCCUACGAAUUCUCGUACAACAGCACUGUAGAUAUCCCGCUCGAGACAGAUGAAACGAUCGAGCAAGUAGAAAAAACGAUCUAUCACAUGUCGUACAUGUAUUUCACCCUCUUCGGAUCGGUGGUAACAUGCCUAACUGGAACGGUGAUAAGCUUGCUGACGAAGCUACGCACCGGAGGCGAUCGACAGGAACCGAUCGAUCCGAUGCUGUUGGCACCGUGCAUUCGUAAAAAGCUGCCAAGUGGAAUGCCAAUGACAUUCCUAGCGGUGCCAACCGAUAGCAAACAGGCAGAAAUGGUGGAAGCUACGAUUAAGCACCAGCUUGUGGAGACUAAUAACGAAUAG